AUGACGGGUUCUUUUUAUCUUAUUCGUCCUCGUGGUUCAGCUUCGGGUUUUCUUAUUUCUUCGAAUGUUAUGAAAACUACAUUAGCAACAAAAGGCAAACGAACAAGCUCGGUCUCAUUAGCUAUUGGCAAAGAUGGAGGAUGCAUUCGAUCAAGUGAAAGUUAUAUCUUUAUUCCAGAAGACGCCGUUUCUACGUUAACUACUUUCACUCUUGAAACUGACGUCGAUCCUCUAUUGAUGCCACCAGUUGAUAUCAAAAACGAACAAAUUCUAAGCCCGGUGUUACGCAUACUGCCAUCGCCGGUUAUUCCAAAAUUUGGUAAACACGCGCAUCUGUUUUUCCUACCUGUCGUACCACUUGCGGCAAGCAAUCAGGAUGUUGGAGGGCUGUUGGAGCUGAAGAUGAGUCAGUCAAUAAAUGAACGAAAGGUGUGGAAAACUGUAUUGCAUCUCAAUACGAAAAGCAAUCAAUUUACGACGGCUUCAUCUGUUUCUUAUGAUCCAAAGACGUUCUUGGAAUAUGUUAGCCACUUUCGGGAUUUUGCGUGGGUUCGUAAAGUAAUCAGAUGGCUACGUCGCGCGCUAGGCAUAAUUCCGUCUUCGCGAAAUAUUAGUUACGCUUUGUUUGGCAAGGAAAUACUGCGAUUUAGGUGGGAGAUCGUUGCUUACAUUAUCCACUUUCCAAUCUACGAUACCUUGGUUAAGGAUCUAAGAGCAAGAUCUUACCACGAGUUACAUUCUCCACUCAGAGAUUGCAUUGGUGUAAAUGGAAAAGUUCGCUUAGAAAUUAGUUGUAGUGUUCCAUGGAAGGUGAUUUGCGGAGGAGAUGCUCAUGAGAUUUCAACUGAGAGCAUCUGGAAUGCUGCAGUUGAUGCUAGAUGCUUUCGCCGAUUCAACUUGGAAGCUACAAAUAAUAUUGUUGACACUUUAGAUUGCAUCGUGAAUGCGAUAUUUAUACCGGACGAGAAAUGUCCUGCAACGUUUUUGCCAGUAUCAAUGCCUGUCUCACACUCACUCGACAGUGCAUUAAUUUCCCAGCCAGAAAUAGCAGCUACUCUAAUUGUAAGCAACAGAACAGAAGAAUCAGUAACGGCUAUCAGCAAUAAUAAUACAUAUUUGGAGCGUAUCCUAUAUACUCGAGACACUGAGCGCGCUGGUAAGUAUUAUAGGAGCAUUCUGGAGAUAUGCGAUAGUAUGCUGAAUCCGUCUUCACUCGCUAAUGAGAAAUCCAUUCUAGCCAAGUUGGGAGAUACUGCUCCUAAGAUGGACUUGAAAAUUCCUCUGGUAGACGGCAGGUGCAGUGUGGAGUGA